AGCGCGGAGAACUGUCAAACAUCAAGUGGCGUAUGAGUAUACACGAGCGACUGAGGAAGAAUGUCGUCUACCAAUUCCUCUACCUAUCGGCGUGCCAACUUGAAAAUUGCACCUGGUGCGGUAGUAUGUGAAGAGAGUAUCCUGAAAGGUGAUAUCACCAUUGGUGCGAAGACCAUAAUCCAUCCCAGGGCAUGCAUUCUAGCAGAAGCAGGUCCAAUUAUUAUUGGAGAAGGCAAUAUAAUUGAAGAAAUGGCAACUAUAGCCAAUAGGUUGCCACCUGAUGCUCCUGAGCCCACAACAGUACCAGUGCAGAUAAUAGGAAAUUAUAAUGUUUUUGAAACUGAUUGUACCUGUGAAGCGUUUAAAGUUGGUGACAACAAUAUCUUGGAGAUCAAAGCACACGUUGCUCGCGAAGUCGAGUUAACCAACGGUUGUGUUAUAGGAGCUGCAUGCUCUUUAACAGAAAUAGAAAGUAUACCAGAAAAUACAAUAGUAUAUGGAAGUGAAUGCCAACGUAGGGAAAUGAACGACAAACCAUACCCUCAAAUCGGACAGUUGGACUUUCUGCUAAAGGUUCUCCCUAACUAUCAUCACUUUAGGAAAUCGAAUAUAAAGCCGAAAGUCGCACCCGCAAUCUAAUUCUUCGUAACGAAAUGGCAGAAUACUUCUGAAUUCCUGCGCACCAAUUGUGUUAUAAAUAUUAAGCGAACUUUAUGCUUAUAAUUAUCCGGCAACACAAAAUAUAUUUAUUUGUUUAUAAA